UUACACUAUUUGCCUUUUUUUUAAAAGUGAAACUAAUGUUUGUUACUAACGGGCUAUACUAGUAUAGGGGUCCUCGGUUUACGACGGAUUUUCGCUCCUACGGCAAAACCCAAGGCUGCAUGUAAAUCAGAACACCAUAAUCUAUCACUAAGUCAUAAUUACAUAAGUUUUAUGAAAAUACUAAUAGGCCGUAAACAUUAAACAGUAAGUUAUUCAACGUAUUUUACCUCCGUGGUCUGAGUGCACUCCAAAAACUCGUGCUAACCGCUAUUCACUACAGGUCCCAUGAUGCCUCCCUCCAGGACUCUCCGCCCCUCUCUCCUCACGUGACUUUCCGACCAAUCCGGAGUGUCGUUACAGGCGCAAUGCGGGUGUUGGGAUGUAAGGAGCAAUGGCGACGGUCGAGCUACCGUGGAGGAAGUAAUGGAGCUCGGUUUGACCAAAGAGAAGCUUCCCGGGUACCUGACGCGACAUUUAUUCAUUUAGUCACGUGAGACGUGUUGCUAUAUUUAAUCUUAAAUAGAACAUGGGGAUGCAGUAAUGUUAAUGUUUGUUUUCUUCAAUUAGCUCGUAAAGAGGGCAACGCCCUGAAGUAGCGGUUGGCACGUCUGCCGCACAGUUCUUUGGUUCAGGGUUCGAAUCUCAUUGUCAUGUUCUUCCCGUGCCUGCGUGGGGUUUGUCCCGGUGCUCCGGCUUCCUCCUGCUUUCUCAAAACAUGCAUUUAGGUUAAUUGAAGACUAAAUUGUCCAUAGGUGCGCAAGCUUGUUUGUCUAUAUGUGUCCUGUGAUUGGCCAAUAAAAUAAAAUUGAAAUAUGUCAAUUAAAUUCUGUACAUGGAACAUAUUCGCGGUUUGGCAUUGGCAAAAGUCAUUGUCUGAUUUAUUUCGUUUUCGGGGGGCGUCGGCUGUCCUUCGUUAUUUGCUGAAAAUCGCUGCUAUUCGCAGAUUAUUCACUAAACUAUUGAGCCCCAUGUGAAGGUGGUUUGUCUUGAAAAAUGUGUUGAAUGUGUUUAUGUAACGUGUUCAUAAUUGUGUACGUGCUAGAUGCAUGGCGUUGGUACUCUAUGAACCUCUCCAUUUUAAGUGCUUUGCCAGCAUCUUUUGCCAUCGAUGCACAAUUACAAACCCCUUAUAUGGGCCGCGGCAUCACUUAUUCGCAGAUUUUCGCUAUUCAACUGCAGCUGUAAAGGGAAGGCCACUUGACGAGGAAAAGUUCAGCAAACUGUGAAGCCCGGAUAGGGACCGGGCCACGAAAAUCCACAAGUACUUGGCUUCAAAAUGAAUCCAAACACCUCCCUCUUGACCAAUCAGAAAAUGGAGGGCGCGUCCCCACCGAUCGUCCCGUCACUGUCUGCUGCUCCGCUUGCCGCCAAACAGAGAGACGUUCGCACCAAAGCAGCGGGGUGCGCCGUGACCCCGGCCUUCCUCUCCAAUCUGGGGAGGGCCACCCUGCGCGGCAUACGAAAGUGUCCAAGCUGUGGCACCUACAACGGCACCAGGGGGCUCAGCUGCAAGAACAAGGUGUGCGGGAUAUCACUCCGGAACGCCUCCUCGGGUGCCAGGGCGGGCCGGAAGGGCAGCGUGGAGGUGGUCCGAGUGAUCAUCGACAGCGAGGAGCCCGACAGGAAGGAGCCGGAUGACGACGACGACGGAGGCGGCGGCGUUCAGGUGUUUUCCGUCUGUCACCGAGGACGAGGAUCCGCCCAGCUGGGCUUUGUGGAGCUGGCCCCCACCGACGCCACCAUCUCCACAGGCGAGCGGGACCCCCUGUUCUCUCAGAUCAACAUGGGCCGCUGCUUCAUGCCGGCCUGCGGGCAGGGUUCCAGGUCCGACCGAUCUGAGCCUAGUGCACCCGACACACUCUGCGUCCACAUCAAGUCCGCCAUCGAGUGCCGUCGCUCGGCCGCCCCUCUCAGCGUCAAGAGCUCCAUGCUGGAGGGGCUGACAGUCUCCAUGUGGGCCAAAGAGGAGCUGUGGAGCCUGGCCACCGAGUCCCCGGGGCCCUUGGUGCAGAGGGUGUCCGGGGACACGCUGGUGGUCAAGUGCCGCCCGGAUUCCGCGCACCCCCUGGGCCUCCUGCACCUGACCGCCGGUGGCAGCAGGGGAACGUCCGAUGUGGCGAAAGGCGGCGGGAGGGCCCGGGAGGCGGUCGCGACACAGCGGCAGGCGGCGUUUCACUGCGCCUGCCGCCCGCGGAAGGCCGAGGCGUUGUGUGCUAACGACGACUCGGACCCUUCGCACCCCUGCCUGCACUUCUACGCCUGCGUGUGCGCUUUCGCCAGCGAUGAGAAACUAGCGUUGGAGUUUGCCGACUUUAUCAACUCAGCGACAAGUGGCGUUCUACCAACCCCAACCGGCAGAGUCCUCGUUCCUUGCGAUAGGCCUGCUCCACUGCCCACGGAACCGGUCAGAUCCCUUCACAAAGCCAAGAAACCGCGCCUGGAUGAAGCUCUUGCGGGUGGCGGUCAAGCGGCAGACGAGGCCUCCGUGUCCAUGGGUUUCCGUCAGUGGCUUGCCGGCGUCACCGAGCGGAUCCAGCAGACCAUGCACUACCAAUUUGACGGAAAACCCGAGCCUCUGGUGUACCAUAUUCCGCAGCACUUCUUCAACGCCCUGCAGCAUCGCCUGUCGCUGGGUUCCAAGAGGCGGCUGCCCGACUUCACCACAGUGCUGGUAGGAAACGACGGCAUCCCUCAGGGCUCCUUCUCCAAAUACAUAUGGCACAUCACCAACCUCGCGCAGGUCAAACGCAUUUUUGACACACCCGAGUUGCAGCUGGAGCUCACUCAGAGUUUCGUCCGGAACGUGGACGGUUCCUACUCCCGCUUUAACUGUCCUCAACCUCUGCCCGAAUCCGAGCCACCAGACGCGAUCAGGACGGAUCGGACGCUACCCAUUCGUCCCAUGGAGCUCCGGACGUUCCUCAAAGUUGGGCCCGGCUCGGACGACCCGAACGACCCCGGCCCCUUGGUCAUCGAGUGGCGCCCCGACGUGCUACCGCGCUGCCACGUGGGUGAGCUGCGGAUCCUCUACCAGUUCGGACACCAGCAGAGCGGACAGCAGCUGGAAUGUCGGGAGAAAGACAGUCAUGGCACGUCAGGAUGCGUCAAAAGUGAGCCUCCGUCAUCUACAUGUAAUAUGUAAAUAUAGACAGCAGGGUUGGACAUGAACGGUGGCCGGACACUUACUUACUUACCUUGGAGACGCUGGCUCAAUGGCGCCAGUGCAAAUUUCAUAAAUAAUGAAAUCAACACAUUCUUUCUUUUACACAUGCAAAACAACUAAGUAAACAGAAGUGAUGUGUUCUUAAAGGCUUAAAUAAUACAGUAAAAAUACGCUAAAUAUGAGAUCAUUAAAAUUGAUAUCAUCAGAAUAUACAGUACGGGGCCAGUACAGGUUCUGACAGGGCAACCACAACUUGGCUCAUGGGGCCACCACUUAAAGAGGAUCGAUGGCAGACCCCGCAGAGUUCAUAAAAACUACAGUGAACGCCCACUAUAUUGCAGUUCAUUGUUGAUGCCCCGCUUUUUUGUGGAUUUUUAAGCCAUCGUUUUUUUGUUUUUUCUUUGAAGGGGUUUUUACAGUCUACAGAUAAGUCUGAAUUUAGAGUUGUGCACCUUCAGUGUAGUCUCACUUUGUCCCGCAACAUGCCGGGCAGCACUGAGGUCUACUGGAAAAGAUGCCGUGUGAUUAAGAGCAAGGAGGACAAGGACACAGACACAUUUCUUGUGUGUUGUUGACAUACUUGGCAAAUAAAGAUGAUUCUGAAGAAGAGGCAGAGAAGGUCCCCAACUAGUAAUAGUCAUUCCCACAGAGCGAAGAGACUAUGUCUGUGGGUAUCAUUGUAUCCUCUGUAUAUGUUGCUGCUUCAUGUGAUUAACACUUGUUAGCACUUGUUUGAAGGUUUAAAAUGACUGUAAACUCAACGCUAAUUUCAUUACCCCCUCUAUGGCGUUUGACCUUGUGUUAGCAUUAAGGUACCAGACUUGUAAAUGGACAAGGUUUUGAAUGAACAUUGUGCUGUUCAAAUACACAAUGUUUAAUUCUGUUUUGUUUUAUGUGUUAGUUUUACAGUGACUUUCACCUGGGAGUGACAAAUAAACGACUUGAACCAAGUGGUCUUUUUCUUUUAGUUUCCUCAAAAUGACGUGAAACGAGUCUCCCACUUCUUAACAGAGAGAGAGAGAGAGAGAGAGAGAGAGAGAGAGAGUGAGAUCAGGCACUAAGGAAUGUGUGUUUUGAUAUGUUCAAAGCACGUGGGAUGGUCUCAAAAUCGCAAGUGAGUCUGGAAUGCUUCCCCCGCUAUGAACAGGGUUCAUUGUAUACAAUAAUACAGGAAAAAAAAAAAAAAAAAAAGGGUUCCAUGCAAGAGACUUAAAAUGAUUUAUGGUAGUAUCAAACCUUGCCACCAGGUGGCCCCACUAUCAUGCUCUUAAUAGCCUUGACUGGCUGCAAGCACUUUUAUGUUGACUGAAGCCAGACUGGAUGAUAUGCUAAUGAUACUCUUUACUGCCUCCUGAAGUGUAAAGGGGGGCAUUAGUUUGCUCACCGAUACUUGAUGGACAUGUUAGCGUGUAGAACAUGGUGGCAAACUCAAGGCCUGGGGGCCAGAUCCGGCCCCCCACAUCAUUUUAUGUGGCCCGCAAAAGCAAAUCAUGCUCGUCAGCUUCCGUGAUUUUUGCUUAAAAUCUGUCCUCAAAUUCCAAAUUAUCAUAAUAAUAAACAAUAAUGUUGAGAUAUUGCAUUUUUCUGUUACCAAACCCUUCUUCUACAGUAACUUAAACAAUACUUGAACAAUCUAUUAUCCUUGUCUUCUGAUUUCCAAACUAGUUAUCCCUCAAUUUAUUGUGUAAUGGUAAUAAUAUGAUUUGUUGAUUAAACAUUUAUAUGGUUUCACUGUUCUAACGGCCCUCUGAGGGAAAUCAUAACUACAAUGCGUCCCGAAACAAAAAUGACUUUCACACCCCUGGUGUCGAACAUUUGACUUGCACCAUAACUUAAUUGACUUACACCAUAACUUAAUUGAGGUGUCAAACUUUUAUUUGGAGUUAACACGUGUCCUCUGCCGCUGUUGUCUUAUUAUUAACAUUAGCAUGUGUUUGAUUUUUGUUCGACAUUUGCAGCAAUGGUUUGUCUUUGUAUGACAAGGGUGUGUCAAAGUUCAUCCUGGGUUACAUCAUAGUUACGGCCCCAUUGUGCUUGUCUUACUAUUAGUUUUUAUUGAAGACAGUUUUGAUAAUGGCUUGGAAGUCAUUUUAUUAUUAGCAUAAGCGUCAUUAGCUUGCCUCCCCGGUAACGUCUAUUCAGGGGCUCUGGAGACGACGGUCCAUCAGGAAGUCGAAUCUCAGCUUCAGGAUGAGCGGUGUGGUUUUCGUCCUUGCCGUGGUACAGUGGACCAGUUCUACACCCUCGGCAGGUUCUUCGAGUGUGCAUGCGACUUCGCCCAACCAGUCUACAUGUGUUUUGUGGACUUGGAGAUGGCGUUUGAUUGUGUCCCUCAGGGAGUCCUGUGUUCCUGUGCUCCGGGACCAUGGGACACGGGCUGUUUGUUCCCUGUACCACCGGUGUCGGAGUUUGGUCAGCAUUGCCGGCAGUAAGUCGGAUUCGUUUCCAGUGAACGUUGGACUCCUCCAAGGCUGCCCUUUGUCACAGUUUCUGUUGAUUACCAUUACGGACAGAAUUUCUUGGCGCAGCCGGGGUGUUGAUGAGUUCCGGUUUGGUGACAUCAGUAUCACGUCGCUGCCUUUUGCAGAUGAUUUGGUUCUGAUGGCUUCAUCAAGCCGUGAUCUCCAACUCUUGCUGGAAUGGUUCGCAGCUGAGCGUGAAAGCGGCCCCUUAGAGUUCUCCCUUAGCGAACGGGUGAGAAGCUCGGUCAUCUGGGAGGGGCUCAGAGUAGAGCCGCUGCUCCCUGGGGACGACCCAGGUCACGCUGGAGAGACUACGUCUCUCGGCUGGCCUGGGAACGCCUCGCGAUCCUCUCGGAAGAGCUGGACAAAGUGGCUGGGGAGAGGGACGUUUAGGCUCCCCUGCUUAAGCUGCUGCCCGACCUCGGAUAAGCGCAGGAAAAUAAAUAGAUGGAUGGAUGGAUCAUUAGCCUACAUUUAAUGUUGACAAAUUUUGGCAUUGGUAUGUACAGUAUAUGAGAGGGAGUAAAUUUUGUUCACAAGCCACAUUGACAUUAUGGUGCACCUCCAUUAUGUUCUUUGUUGUUAGCAUUAGCAACCUGAGCAUGUGUUUGAUUAUUGUUAAAACAUUUUGGACAAUGGCUAAUCUUGUACGCCAGUUAUCGGUGCCCUCAAUCAUUCUCAUCCUAUUAUUAGCAUUAGCUUCAUUAGCAUAUUUGAGUUUUUGUUGACAAAUUUGGGUGGUAGCUAUUCUUGUGUGACAACUGUUUCUCGUUAAAAAGGUUUUUCCUCGUAACAAUGCAACAGGAAGCACUUUAGCUUUUUGGCUUCUGCAUGGAACAUGUUUGCUUCCCAGAAAGAAAUUGUCUUUAAUAAUUCCAAUUAUCAUGUCAUUGUCUUCUUUGUUUGUUUUAAUUAAGUCAUUGGAGUCUCUGAAAUGAUGACUUUAUUCCCAUAACACCGCUGAUGUAAGAUUACAGAUUUUAAAUACGACAUAAUUGUUGGAGAACAACACUUUACAUGUCACUAUCAACUGUGUUUGACCUCAUUUUACACUAAUAUGACAGUUAAGAAUGUUUAAAACAUUUUUUUAUGUGUAAGGCGCAUACGAGCACUGAGAACUAGAGUGGAACAACUAAAUUUUUGAUCAUUUUGCAGGAGAGUGAUUUAGUUUUUUGGCCUCAAUAAAAUUUAGGUGAUGUAUAGCAUAGCUGUUUGUUGUUGUUUUUUUUUUGGCUCAGUGUUGCACUGAUGAAUCAGGAAAAGUGUGAAAUGCAACAAUGGACAGCCCUCUAUGUCAAAAUUGAAACAAAACCUUGAUUUAGACCAAUAGUCAUCUGAAAAAUAUUCCCUUGCUUUAUCCAUUUCUGCAAUGAACUUGAAAAUGACCAAAAUUGAGCUAGCCCACUGUAGUUAUCAGUGUGUCACGGUGGUAUCUUGACUUAUGACUUUAUUUUGUGACCAUACUUGUAACCCACUUUACUUCUAUUUUAAAUCACAUUUUACUAUUUGUGGUUAACACAUUUUGUAUGACAAUAGUGUAUGUAUGACAAUUAAGAACGUUAAAAAUGUGAUAAACUGUUUGCUGUACAGUUAAUAAAGAUUUAUGUUUUUAAUGAUAGCCACCAUUUGGUCCAUUAAUAAUGUUUUAUUUUUUACGUAUUUUCUGAAUGUAUUUAUAUUUUUAUUUGUCCACUUACUUAUUUAAAUGUAUUUUUCUAUAUUCUUGAUUUGUUGUAUUUUUAAAUGUAUUUAUUUUUUAUUUAACCAAAAUUAUUUACAUAUUUGUUUAAAUUUGUUUGCAUGAUUUUUUUAUGUAUUAUCAUUUAUUUAAAAACAAUUACACCAACAAUUAUUAUUAUUAUUUUUAAUACCAAAAGGAAUGCAAGACAAGUUUGCAAGUAUGUAAUUUGAUUGCUUUGUAUUAAACGUCAACUACAUCCUGGA